CACCCUAACUAGGGUACUAAAUAGUGAGCACCGUGUGGAUUGGGACAUGUAUUCUGAGUGACUGCACUAAUUUGCUUACUUCACACUCAGUGGCUCCUUGGCUGUGCUCGUUCUGGGUGCGGAGGCUCACAGCAGUUAUAAUGGGAGCCAUCAUCUCCAGGUGGAAGGCAAAGCCUUCCACAGUGGAGCUUCUGGAGGACUUGGAUAAGGAAAUUAAGGAUAUUGAAGAGUUUCGUGCAAAAAACCAGCGUCUGCAGAAGAUAUGGGUGGGCGGGCUGCUGUUCUACUCCGCCACAUUGUAUCUGAUAACCUGUGUGAUUGUUUAUUACCUUUACCUGCCUGAUGAGUUGAGCGGCCGGCUAGUUACUGCGCUGCCUCUGAUCGCCUUCCCAGCACUGGUGUGGUUUGCCCGCAAGCUGCUUAUUUUUCUUUUCUCCAAGCGAACAGAAAGAAAUAAUGAAAAGUUAGAAGAUUUAAAAUCACAGAAAAGAAAAAAACUUGAGGAGGUGAUGGAAACGGAGACCUACAAAAAUGCUAAGUUAAUUCUAGAGCGCUUUGACCCUGAAUCCAAGAACAAAAUGGAAGGAGAAGCUACUCCAGUCCGACCCCAAAUGACUCCCAAACCAGGACAGGAGAUACGACAGCGCCAUGUUGCUAUGGCCACUCCAGGACCCAUGGCCACUCCAGGGCCUAUGAUUCGCCCCCUCACCCCAGGAGUCACACCCCUUCGGGCAGCUCCCGGUGGCCCACCUGAGACAACCAGUGGUGCAACAGCCUCCAGCCCAGCAGCAAGCAGCAGCACUGAGACCCCACCGCAAAUGAGAAGGAACCUUAGCCCCUAUUCACCUGUACCAGGAACAGGAAUGUACCCUCCGGGACCACCAAUGGCACGGCCCAUCCUUCCCCGAGAACGCAGUGCAGUGGACAGGGUAAUUGAAUACCUGGUUGGAGAUGGUCCUCAGAACAGAUAUGCUUUGGUCUGUCAGCAGUGUUUCUCUCAUAAUGGUAUGGCUUUGAAGGAAGAGUUUGAAUAUUUGGCCUUCCGCUGUGCAUACUGCUACUUUAUGAACCCAGCAAGAAAGACAAGACCCCAAGCACCCAGACUCCCAGAGUUCAACUUUGAGCGCAGACUUCGCUCUGAGUCGCCCGACUUGCACUCUUCAGCAGCUUCAGAAACGGCAGAGGACAGUAAUGUCCAAGAAGAGGAUGUGGAGCCAGCUGUCUCUGAUGAAAAACAGGAGCCAGAGUUUGAGGAUGCUGCAUCCACAAAUGAGGAAGAGACAGAUUUGCAAUCUCAUCAGAGCAGCCCUUCGCAAUCAGAGGAUUCUUAGGUGGAAAAUCAAGCAGGUGGAUGUUGACAUCAGAACACGUUUCAUGCAGUGCUUCCAUCUUUUUGCAGUUUGUUCAGAUGCUAUUUAAUUUGUCCUAAUUUAUAAUAUUGCCUAGUUUUUAUUCUGUUGAAUUGUAUUUGCACUAGUAUGUGUUUACAGUAGGGAUGCACCAUUUUUUCCAGUGCUGAAGUGUGCAAUGUGUCCUUCUGGAUGUAGUUACCUGCUCAACUACAUUUUAACUAGCAACCUUUUAGCUUUUCUUUUUUAAAUAUAUUAAUCUGGCUAAAAUGUAAAUUUAAGUGCAUAUAAGUGAUUUUCUGUUUGUGUCCCAAAUUGCAUAUUAUGGAACAAAUAAUAGGCAAGGAUACCACUGAUGAUGUACCACUUCAACAUGCAUCCUAUAUAUUUAGUACAGUAGUGUUUGGUUUGGGACACAGCCCAUGUUUCAGUCACCAUUCUUAUUUUGGAUUUUGCCUUUAGGUGUUGGUUUAACUUAGAAACUUGAAAAUUAGCUACUACUCAUCCUACCUAGCUUUAAGCCAGUUGUCUCCACAGGAAUCUCCACUUGGGUGUUCAGUUGAAGACUAUAUGGGGCUUUGGAAGACUUAAACAGCUGAGAAUCUUACAAUAAUGGAGCAAACUCUGUGUAGACCUUAGUUGCUGAGGACUGUGAAAGAUCACAGACAACCUACCUUAUUGUCAGAAUUAUUUCUUGUCUCUUAUUUAUUGCUACUUCAGCUUUUUAAGCCAGUAUUUGUCUUUAUUAUUAAAAUGGUGCAUUCUUAGUUUUCAGUAUUUUCAGCAUUUUUUUACAUAACAGCAAAACCACUUUAAGUUGAGCAUGUGGAAAAGCACAUUGUGUUCUGCCAUCUAUUGUAUGACGGUCUGCAUCAUAUGUAAUGCAGUCUAGCUAGCCAGUGGGAGCUAGUAUAGCAUUGAAUGUCAGAAUAUUAAUGAUUACUUAAACAAGCAUGUGUUUCAGUUACAUAUGAUACAAGCAGGGUCAUGAUCUGCAGUCUGGGUCACAUGGAAGUACUUACUUACUGCCUGUUGACAAAUGUCAGGUUGAGAAUAACAGAUUUAGGGUAUUAUAGUGUUUGUUCUGAAUUAUUAAGACUUAGGUUAGUAAUGGUAUGAUUUUAACAAACUUUUAAGGUAGAUUGAAGUUCUAUUUUGAUUUGGUGGUUGUUUUGAGGUAUUGUUAUUUUGUUUACAUUUUACGUUUGCAACAGUUUAAUGUUUAAUGUGUAAACUCAGCUCAAUAAAAUAUAGUGUCAAGCAUGAUAUGUUUUCAGUUAAAGCAAAUAGCAUUUAA